AUGCACCCCUCCCCAAACCCUAACCCGUCGAUUCAAUCUCCCAUCCCCACCAAUUCCAGAUCCAAACCCACCACAACGUCCCGAAUUCGGACUCCACCAAGCACCAACGUCAGACCCUCGAAUUCCGAUGCACAUUACCCUGCAGAAUCCCAACAGCGAGAUCCUCGGGUCGAGCAACCACCGCGCGCCGGCGAGCAAGUAAAUUGA